AAAACCAAAAGAAAAAUAUCCAUCUUCAUCGGUUGCCUCGUGCUGUUUUGCUCUUCUCAUGAUCUCUGUUUUCACGGAGUUAUGGGCCCAAUUCCACGCAGCCUGGUUACGUUUCUACAGCAACAAAGAACGAUGGGAAAAGCAAAAGAGGAGCAAGCAGCUAGUGGUGGCACUACGCCCAGUUUCACAGCUACCACAGGUCUAACGAAAAAGCAACGAAAGAAAUUGGAGAAGGAAAAGCAAAAGAAUUCUACCCCUAGUGGUGUUGCAACAUCUUCAACCGCGAAAGCCGAUGGGCCUGCAGAUGCUGCACCUGAUACCGAUUCAGUUACUGUAGGAGCCGCAUCCGAUAUGGCGGACGUUAAGAAGGGGUCAGCAGAAGGCGCCCCAGUGUUCGAAGAAAAGGAGGCCAGUGACGAUUUUAAUCAGACUGGCCAAGUGUUCGCUAGUGAAGCAGGCGCGUCAAAGCCUGCUAGCACCAAGAAAAACAAGAAGAAGAAAGAUGCUGAAGUAGACCUUCCAGACCUACUUUCAACAUCUGAAGAUAUGUCCGUCGACGAAAGUUCAUCAUCCGACUCGGACUCUGAUAGUGAAGGUUCUAGCUCAUCAUCUGAAGAAGAUUCAUC